GCAACAGCACAGGUUUGUGUGUUUUCUGUACUUCAACUUGUUGAAUACUAGCACCCUGCCCUCUGCGAGGAGUGCUCAGUGUUCAAGGUUCAGGAAGAUAACAAGAGGUGAGUCGCUGACGCAUAGCUCGUGUUAUGUUACCAAAGGCUCAUAUCAGAUUACCGCAGGCAGCAGGUUGGGUGAAACCGUAGCUGUGUUUAGAUCGCCGUGGCUCGAACAAACCAGGAACCGGGACUAACAGAAGAGUUUUAAAAGAAGCUAAAGAAGCUAACAGAGAGCCUCCCAUCGUUUUACACGGAGCAUUACCAUGGGUAAGACGACACAACACUCUCUGCUGCUUUUGCUUUAUCUGUCCGGACUUGUUCACUGUUCAGCUGCCUUCCUCUUAUGGACAGCCGUGGUGGAAAUAAGCUAUGUAAACAACGACAAUGAGACCGUGGACAAAUAUUGUGACUGUGGGGUGUAUGGUCAAAACUCUCCCGUGGUGAAAGCCUCAGGCAUUGUCACACUUCCCCAGGGAGACCCCAAAGGCUGCGGCCCGGAUCACGUCUACAACCGCAACACCAGUUCACCCACCUGGAUAGCCCUGGUUAAAAGGGGCAACUGUACCUUCAGUGAGAAGAUCAAUGCUGCCAAACGUCAAGGAGCAGCCGCUGUGGUGGUAUAUAAUGUGGAUGGCAGUGGCAACAGCACCACACACAUGGCACACUCGGAUGCAGCUGGUAUUGUGGCUAUCAUGAUUGGCAACACUCAGGGCAUGGAGGUUGUCAGGCUGGUGAAGAAUGGGACAGACGUACAGAUGCUUAUUGAAGUAGGCCGCCCUCAUGGACCCUGGAUGGACACCUACUGGCUUUACUUCCUGUCCAUUGCCUUCUUCAUUGUGACGGCAGCAUCAAUUGCCUACUUUGUGUUCAUCUCUGCAAGUCGUCUCUACAAUCUGAGCAUGCACAGGCGCACUGAGAAGAGGCUGAAAACUGAGGCUAAGAAGGCGAUUAAGCGUCUACAGGUACGCACACUCAAGAGACAGGAUGAGGAAACUACCUCUGAAUCCCAUAUGUGUGCCGUGUGUAUCGAAUCCUACAAGGCAGGCGAAGUGGUGACAGUGCUAACAUGUGACCACAUCUUCCAUAAAGCCUGCAUCGAGCCCUGGCUGCUGGAGAGGAGGACCUGCCCCAUGUGCAAGUGUGACAUCCUAAAGGCCCUGGGUGUCGAGGAGGAGACAAAAGAGAGCCUUUCUGCGGAUACACCGCCAGAUGUCACUGUGAUCACAGUGGCAGGGGGAGAAAUCCUCUACGAAGUCCCACUGACUGACCCAGCGAGCCCUGACCCAGAGAGACAUCAACAUCGCUAUGACAACAGGGCCUUCGAGGGAGACUCAGAGGCUGCGAGGGGAUGAACAACAGCAACGGAAACCAAACAGCAACUAACCAGGACACAGUCAAAUUCCCUGUUUGAAAUAGAUCUUUUUCUUGGAUACAUUGAACAAGCACACUGGAAUCAAGCUAUAAUCUUCCAACAGGAGAAACACUGUUCAUCGUGUAAUAGAGGCAUGCUAAAAUAGAUUUCAAAAAAAAUAUUCCAAUAAUUUGAAAUGUUAAUGGCCCUUGUGUAAUUAGCUUGGAUGCCAUUGCAUUAUCUUUGUAUCUGUCUGGGUUCAAGUAUCUAAUUAUCGGUAAUUAUUGAGUGUGUUCAUGAAGUUACAUUUCGAUGGUUUGAAUAGAUUCUUAAUACUAAGUAGUGAUGCCGGUGUCAAAUUUCUGUUUUGCUUAGUGAACACACUGGCUAGGGAGGAAGUGCAGCAAAGCAUUUGAGUAUCUGUUUGAAAUCAAGGCCAAAUUUCCUGCAACAAAAGGCUUGCAAGCUUGCAUUGCUCACAGUCCCUCAUAUUUAAACAUUGUCUUUUGAAUUCAGAGCAGAAUUUAUUUCUCUUAAUUCAGUUGAUUUGAAUAAUUUUGUCUUUCUUUCUGAUCUUUUAAAAUUGGAAUAUGUUUUUCCAUUUCUUUUUGUCAGGUUACCAAGCUGGAUUUUCAAACACACCCUUAUUAACACACCAUUGACUGGAAAUGCAGCAUGACAGACAUUGCACUGUGAUGAGUUAAUAACAUCGCCUGAGGGGCUCGGACUCUUUAGAGACAUGGUCCACGGGAGCAUGUUUACCACAUACCAAGUCCUUUAAAAUUUGUUCGCCGGUCUAUAGCUACUUUUGGGAACAGAAAUUUCCGCAGAAAUAUGGCAAUGCAAUAAAUUUCAUAGGGAACUGCAGAUGAUAUACCUGCAAAAAUUUUAUCUUGACUGUUAAAUAAGAGAAAAUGAUGUGUUCUGGUUUUUGAAAUUUUAUAUAUUGAAACUGAUUUAUCAAUCAUGAAGUUCUGUCUUUUAAUAUAAAGGUAAUACAUAAUAUACAGUAUGUAUAGUCCUUUUCCUCCUCUAAGCAGUUGAACGGUUUCAUGUGCAAGCACCAAUUGUUAUUUUUGAACAGGUCUUCCAGGUUUUCCUUCGAAUUAUUUGGAAUGUUUUCCCAAUCCCUGUGGUCUACCUCUGAACUCUCACAUGGGUAAAUUAUGGAAAUAUUUUUAAGAGACUGUGUCCCUCGGUAAAUGAUAAAGUUAAAGAGUUAUUUCAUUUCUUUGUUUGCUGGUGGGGAUAUACUGAUUAUGGUACUUAAUAUAUUUUUCUGUACUGAAUCAUUUUCACUACUGUUUUACAGAUUCCAGGAGUCUUAAAUUGUUCUGUAAAAAUGAAUAUCACUCGCUGUUUUAAAUCACAUUGAUGCUUAAUAGAAUGCAAUAAAUCCCUCAAAAUGAGGCUUAAGUUAUGAGCGUAUCUGCUUGUAAGAUCGGUGUUUCUGCAUGUGUGCCUGAGAGGGGGAAUAUAUGAGUGUGUGUCACUGUACAGGUGUGUUUCUCUGCAUCAGGCAGGUCUGUGCGCGGUAAUAGUGUCUCACUUUCAGAGUUAUGGUCUUGUUCCCAGUGACUGCUGGAGAGGAGUGAAACUGUAAUUACCUCUGCACAGAUGGGAGCCGAUCUGCACACACCCUGAGCCUGAGCUGGAUAAUCAUCAUAUCAAAUAAGUAGAAGGGCCUGACCGAGCAGGCAGAGAUGUGCAGCUGUAUGGCAAUGGAAUGGAAAUACAAUUUUUAUUAUCCUUUCAUUGUGCUUCAGAAGUACACCCACAGUAUGGUCUGGAUUGAAAUUGCAAGACUUCUUUUUUAAUUUCUCUGAGGCUCCUGCAUCAGUCAGGACUUUGGAACUGUGUGAUUAUGAGCAGCUGAUACGCUGUAAAAUGAGCUUGUUCUGUACAGAGGUCCCCAGCCUUUUGAGGCUGGUGACCUCUCGAAAUAAAGUAAUGCCCACUUGUGGCCCUUUAAAGCACAGAUUAUAGCUUUAAUGUGGACAUGAGUUGAUUGAGUAGAUGAACCAUAGAGCGACGUUUCCUCUCAGAUUGUUUCAUUUAUUAUAUUUAUUUCAGGCCGGAAGAGGUAGAGGUAUCUAAUAUUUCUGAAGAAAAACAAAAACAU